AUGGAUAACUACACUGUGGUUGCUUCAGCUAUAAUUUCGGUGCCCUUACGUGUCAACCGUGAAUGGAUUCUAAACGCAAAGGAAAGGGAGGAAAGGCAACAGAAAAUCGAGAAGAACCGCACAAAACUUCGGGAACGGGAGGUUAAGAAAUCGAUUCAAUUGUACCAAAAGUGGGAUCAAUCACUAGAAAUCUCAUCCACGUCCACAAACUCAGGACCAAACACUUGUGACACCAUUAGUUAUAAAAAAGACAAUUGCAUUGAUGUAGACAGAGAUAAUAUACAUGACUCAACCUACCAAUUGGCUGUGGAAUUGGAGUUUAAUAACAUACCCAGACCAAUUGAUGAUUAUUCUAGGAUAAUACUGUUAUGGAUUAUAAUACUCUUCAACGCCAACCGACCUAAUCUUAUUGACAAGAACUACAUAAAACACCAACAGCACCUAUACAUGUAUUUACUUCAACGCUAUCUACGAGUGAAGUAUAGUCCUCCGUGUGAAGCAAAUGUGAAAUUCUUGAGAAUUUUAAACAUUUUGUAUGACAUGAAAACGAUGCGUGAAUUACAUAUUGAAAACAUUCGCAAAGUUGACGCCAGAAUGUGUUCACCACUUAUGCGAGAGAUUCUCGCUACCCGCAUGUCACAAAAGGAUUACGAUCUAAAAUACCCAGAGAUCGUACAUCCAUUCAAGAUUAAGAUUCUGAAGUCAAAUCUAAGAUAG